UGUCGGGUGACGCCGGACUCGGAGCUUCGCUCACCGAAACGGUAGGCUUAAAGAGACAACAGCGAAGCCGGGCUGGUCUUUAGUGGGAAAUUAAAUCACUUUUCAGAGCAUAAAUAAAGGACCAUGUCGCGGCGUACUACAUAGGGAUUUCACACGCAGUUUCUUUCAGGUAUCCAGAGAAAGACGGACUAUACUGCUCAAACCUGUUAAUGCUGAUUCUGUCCGAGUCUGCUUGCAGCAGUGUUAGAACAUGAAGAAUGUUCACAGUAAUACUCAAGACUGACUUCAACAAAACCAUGAGGAGCACAAGGGGACGUUCACUCUUUUGGUUCCACUAGCAGGAAUUGUAUAUGUCAGUGUUGAGGAGCAUUUGUGGGUGGAUGUGUGAGUGCGUGUGUGUGCGUCUGUAUGUGUGCGUAUGCUAGCACAAUCUGCCUGCUUCAGGCAGUGACAUGCUACUCUGAGGGCAACCGUACUGUAAAGGAGUCCCAUCCACCAAAGGAUUAAUGCAAGGACUGCGCUUUCGGUGAUACCCACCAAAAAUCACCCAUAUAUAGACAGUUUUAAACCCCUUCCCCACACAUUUCCUGGGGGGUUGUUUUGAAACUUCUCUGUUUUGCAUGGCAGGGGAGUAACCGUGGAGAGGCCAGGGUAUCACAAGCUUAUGGAUUUUGAGAAAAGAGGUUGGAAGGAAGAAACAGAGGAAGGGAAAAAAAUGUCGAAAACUGCUAGUAGGACUGGACAUGGGGGCCGGGGAACGGGGUCCGGCUCUGGGGUCCUUAUGGUUGGCCCCAACUUCCGAGUUGGGAAGAAGAUCGGCUGUGGAAACUUCGGUGAACUGCGGCUAGGCAAGAACCUCUACACAAAUGAAUAUGUGGCCAUCAAACUGGAGCCAAUCAAAUCCAGGGCACCUCAACUCCAUUUGGAGUACAGAUUUUAUAAACAGCUGGGAAGUUCAGAGGGAGUUCCUCAGGUCUUCUACUUCGGCCCUUGUGGGAAGUACAAUGCUAUGGUUCUGGAACUGCUUGGGCCCAGUCUGGAGGACCUGUUUGACCUUUGCGACCGCACUUUCUCCCUCAAGACCGUCCUAAUGAUAGCUAUUCAACUGAUAACACGGAUGGAGUACGUUCAUACGCGGAGCUUGAUAUAUCGAGAUGUCAAGCCAGAGAAUUUUUUGGUGGGGCGGCCGGGGUCUAAGAGGCAGCACACCAUUCAUAUCAUUGACUUCGGGCUUGCCAAAGAAUACAUAGACCCCGAGACCAAAAAACACAUCCCAUACCGAGAGCAUAAGAGCCUGACUGGCACUGCCCGGUAUAUGAGUAUCAACACACAUCUGGGAAAAGAACAAAGCAGAAGGGACGACCUAGAAGCACUGGGCCAUAUGUUUAUGUACUUCCUGAGAGGCAGUUUGCCCUGGCAGGGCUUGAAGGCGGACACGCUAAAAGAACGUUACCAGAAAAUUGGCGACACCAAGCGAGCUACGCCGAUCGAAGUGCUAUGUGAAAGUUUCCCAGAGGAAAUGGCCACCUAUCUGAGAUAUGUGAGACGACUGGACUUUUUUGAGAAACCAGAUUACGAUUACCUGAGAAAGCUCUUCACAGACCUCUUCGACAGGAACGGCUACGUCUUUGAUUACGAGUACGACUGGGUCGGCAAGCCUCUCCCUACACCUAUAGGCCCCAUCCCCACAGACACACCCCAGCCGAGCAGCAGAGACAAAGCACAAGCGCAGACCAAAAACCAGUCGCCCGAGCCCAAAGGAAGUGAGUCCCAGCCCACUCCAGUGACCAAUAAGGAGACUCUGGGGUCGCGUCUCACGGCAGAGAGGCUGGGGGGCUCAGUGCAGGUCAUGAGCUCCACGAACGGAGAGCUGAACACAGACGACCCGACCGCAGGACACUCCAACGCUCCCAUCACUGCACCCGCUGAAGUAGAGGUGGCAGACGACACAAAGUGCUGUUGUUUUUUUAAGAGAAGAAAGAGGAAAGCUCUUCAGAGGCACAAGUGAAGCGCGCUCUUUGAAAAGAACUUGAAACAUUCUGGUCACUGUUAAGUUUGAAAUGCAAGCAAAUACACAGAUCUCUCUUUCA